AUGCAUCGGCACACAUGGCAGCGGGAAUUUCGUCUUGAAAUCGAAGGCAGCAUAACGGACGAAGACUGGGACCGUGUCCAGACCUACGCGCGCCGUGUCAAGAGCCUGCGUCUCUCAUUCAGUGGCAAUUCAGAUUACGGCAACUGGCGAUAUUUUGUGGCAGAAGAGACCGUCGACUACUUGGGCCUCUGCGCCGGCGAAGCGCCCAUUUUCCCCAAUCUGCAAGAGCUAGAUUUCAGAGGAGGCGAUGAUGACCCAAGCACGCGCGACCUUGCGCUUCUCCCCGCGUUCCUCAGCCCCACGCUCCGCUCCUUGAUCAUAUGCCCUCGCAUAAGCACGCAGACCUUGAAGCUGCUGCCCACCAUCCCAUCGACGUGCCCCGACUUACACGAGAUACGUAUCGAGGACCCUCCGCGAAGGCAAUACGCCAAACCGCGCAAGAUGAGGCUGCCCUACGAGAAGACUAUCGUGGGCUGGCGUGCGCUGACUUGGGUCGCGAUCGACGACGCGCAUCCAGACACUCUGCGCCACCUCAGUCAAUUGCCAGACCUAAAGAUCAUGGACCUCACGAUCACCGGGGAGUACGAAUACGAAUGGACACCCGCAACGACGCCGGGCUUCGUGAACGGGCUGAAGCGCCUCUCACUCUGGCUGUCGGCGUCGUGGCAUCCGAUAUUCCUCAUCCGCGCUAUGUCCAGCACGCCUAUCGCAGUCGAGAGGGUCAACGUCAAUGUCGCUGAGAACCCUUCGGAGGACGGCGACCGCGCCAGGCUACACAAUCUCAACACCAUCGCGCAGAUGAUCGCCCCAGACUCCCUCACUCACUUCCGCUACAACCACACGCACGAGAAGGAACCUCCCGCGCAGAAGGCCCUGCCGGGCGGAGACGCUCGUUCAGAGUUCCACGUCGACGCCCGCUUCGACGUCCAGGAUACCCAUUACGCGACGCUCGCUGCGGCCUGGCCGGACCUGGAAUGCCUGUACAUCCACCCUCAGCAGCCUUUCGAGUGGAAGCGGAUUUACCCUCUCACGGGAGCGACGCUCGCCUCCGUCGCAUCCUUCGGGCAAUCCUGCCCCUUUCUGCACGAGUUCAAGGUGGAUGGCCUCGACGCCCGAGUGGUUCCUCCCUUCGAACCAGCACCCCCUGGCCAUGCUCCUGGCAGGGUGGUCAAGUUCGAGCACUAUAACUGCCCCAUCAAGGACUCCGCCGCCGUAGCGGGUUUCUUGCACGCCGCCUUCCGUGGCAAUCCGCGCAUAUCUCUCCCGUUCUACAUAACGGAGGUGCGACCACCAUAUACUUCGAGAUGGAAUGCCGUGGCACCGAUACUCGAUGAUCUCCAGCAAUACACAAAUCCGUAUGAGAUGGUCCAAGCCUCUCCUGGCAGCAGCAUCUGGUUCUUGAAAAAGAAGAAGGGCAUGGAGGAUUCUGCAGAGUAG